AUGCUCCCAACAAAACGCCUGGCCCAAGGGGGCUUUUUCAGACGUAGUGCUGACGAAAUUGGUCGCCUAUCUAAAAUUGCUUGGAACACAGAAGCCCUCUCCACACCCACGAAGCCGUUCUCGAUUCUAAACUUUGAAGAUGAAAGCACAGUCACAAGCUGCAAGACCAUGGCCGACCGUGCCGUAGGAGGGUUCAGCACCGCCAGCUUAGACUUCGAGUCAGCAGACCCUUCAACCAACACACCGGCGCACGCGCGGUUCCAUGGCACCAUCUCAACUAAACUCCCCGACAGCUGGCGAGUCGAAAGGACUGGCUACGCCGCCUUCCGCAAUCAAGACAGAGGCCUUUGGCUUUUCGGUCGCCUAUUUUGGGAUGUCGAUCCAUACGCGUAUUUGGCCUUACGAAUCAAAUCCGAUGGUCGACGAUACACCGUUAACGUUCAGAGUGACUCCAUUGUCGACACGGAUAUCCACCAGCACAGGCUAUACACGAAACACCACCGCGUGCGCGACACUGUAGCUCAUAAUGACGACCCUGAGGCAGUAGACGAGCUCUACCCCGAAGGGGCUGUGCCGGCCGCCUUAUCUGACGUACCGCCCCAAUCCACAAUCCUGUCGUCAUCGACUAGUACGACGACAUCUGGGGGAACGGGAUGGGAGACUGUUCUAUUGCCGUUUAACUCUUUUGUGCGCACAAACUUUGGUUACGUGAUCGAACCACAGACAUCGCUCAUGCGCCAGCGCAUUAAGAGUAUUGGUAUUGGCUUGACGGAUCGGGUUGAGGGACCGUUUGAUUUGCGCAUUCACAAGAUUUGGGCAACUAAUGGGAUGAGCGAGGCUGAACAUGCGGAGGAGCUGCAGAUUUGUGGUGCGGAUGCCUUGCCUAUCGAUGAGGGUGUUCGAACAGGCUGGGUUGUAGAGCCUGCGCCAAAGCUCGAGAAGGAGCAACCACAACAGAGCCCUAAGGACAAGGGGCUUAAGGGGUUGAAGGGGGAGUGGGAUGAGUGA